AGAUUUACAGGAACCCGUUUGUCCCCUCUGACAGGCACGACCAAAAUAAACCCAUUUUGAUUUAUCCUCUUGUUAUGAAUUACAAUUACAUCAAAACUAUUUCAACACAACACACAGUUACACUCCUGUUCUCUUGAUUUUCAGAACGCAAUACGCUGCCGUCCUGGACUAUAAUCACCUCUUUUUGCAUGCAUGUGCGUUGUGAAUCAUUUCAAAUCUAUAUCUAGCAGAAAAAACCUCACCUAAGCCAGCUUCAGGCCCUCAGUACGUAGCGCAGAAAUACUUGAAUAAGACGAAGAGAUGCGGGCAUUUUCGUUGUCCGGUGGCCUUUCCUUUUUUUCAAUGCGCCUCGCCGACGGCACGCAAGUCCGCCACAACUCUCCUGUGUACGACGGAACCGUCAAGAAGAAGAGCGCGGCACCGCUACAAGGUCCCGGCGAUCGCGUCUUUUCAUCUGCGACUAAAAGGAAGAAAGCAAGUUCCCGGGAUAGUACGCUAUCGACCAAUGCUGUGUCAACUGGCUCAAGCGCACCCUCCGCUACGUCGGAUGAUCGGGACUUCAAUGGGCUUGACCAAAAAGUGGACAGUCAUGAUUGGGAAAAAAACCUGCCACGAACAACCUCCACCAGCAACGUUGCAGAUGCAGGCGUAUCGUCUUUCGCGGAAAGUACAAACGCACAGCACGCUAUUGCUGAGGAGCAAAGCGAAAGCGAAGGUGGUACCGGGGUAGAGGAAGAAGAAAAACAAGAAAGCGCGGAAGGUACAGCAGGACCAUCUUCGUCUUUAACGGAACGGAAAGAACGUCGUAGCAGAUCUUCCAAGAGACUACGGCUCCACGUUGUGAAAGACACUGAAGGUGCAAGUGUCGAAGCAGAACCAACGUCUUCCUCUUCCGGCUCCGUCGCACAAAAAAAUGCUCCGAAGGCGCCUUUCGUGGUAAAGGAUUUUUGCAGUAUCGACGCAGAUGAAAAGAAGAACAACCAACUACACUUUUCAGCAGAUGAAAAGAACUCAUCUGAACGUCAAGAAGGCCAUGACACCAAGAACUUCGUUUCCUCCGGAGUUGAGAAACCCGUGGACUGGCCGUCCAACUUCACCGCCAAUGCCGUAAAGUUCCCCGUGCAGUGCGAGCAGCCGGACUGGUUGUUGCGAAGUGAUCAAUUGGUGCUGCCUGUGAACAGCGAGAACGCAAGCGGAACAAAAACGAAAGCCGGCAUUUCAGCUACCAUGGUGAUGACGAUGUAUCUAAGUCCGAACGCGCCAGGAGAUUGGAAAAACCCAGCAUCGGAUAAUGCCCCGGCGGAUUGGCUCCAUGCGCUGUUUGCCGCGAACGUCCAGAUUCUUCGUCACUUCGGCCACGGUCUGAUUUUACGGACGGAGUUUACGCCAGAUGAAUACGAUGGGAAAACGAACCUGAAGAAGUGGCAAGUCGAUAGCGAAGAGUGCCGGGGAAAAUCUGCAGAGGAGUGCAUAAAGUGGUUUGACCGGAUUAAUUUGAUUUUUGAAAAACAAUUGAUGCUCGCGGAUUACCUGAACUUGGAAAGAAAUGGAACUAGCAGUGGCAGCACAAGUAGAAGCACAACCACAGUUACAGGAGAGCAGGACCAUCAAGCGCGGUACCGGUUUACGCACGUUUUUUCGCUCGAUGCCGACGCUGCUCUCGUGAGUACGGCAUUCGACUCCGUAGGUCUGGCGGCGUGGAAUCUGGCGCAGGCGAAGAAAGACGUGUUUGCGGCCAACGAGGACUGGCAGGUGCAAGAGAACAAAGCGAACUGGCAGCAGAACCAGUUCUGCGAUGAUCUGAACGGCGGUUUCCUACUCGUCGCGAACAACGCCUUCAGUCGCACUUUCUUCAAGGACAUGUUUGCGGCGCACAAACGCGGCCCGAAGGCCGAGGCCUGGGAAACUGCGGAAUUGAGCAGUGCAGCUGUUGCGUGCACUCUCAGUGAACAGCCGUGUUUGCGAAGCAUUCUCCCCCGGCUCCGGCAGCAUUUUCUCGUCACGAGCGGGCAGUUGUGGAACCGAGCACGGUUUGACACUGAUAAAGCCGCGCCGGCGGUAAACAGCACCGUGGGUCGCGAACACGACCAAGGGUAUGAGACAAGGACGACCCACGUGCUGCACUACAUGGACGCGGAUGGGAGGAUGGCCAUUGCUGCUCAGGACUUCUGUCAGCCGGGGUUCUUAGUCAACCCGAUCGAGAUGGAGACGCGUGCUGCGUUGGGCGUGUGCGGAAGUCCGGCCAAUGAAGUAUCCUGUGCAAAAACACUACAACUACCCCACGAUGCCGAUGAUGUCCGUGAGGAAGAAGGAAGCACCAGUGCGCCGGAAGCGCCAUCGCAGGAGAAUCUCUAUGCGAUGACGUUAGUUUAAACAAGUCCUGGGGAACAAGUCUAGCGGUCCCGGUUGUAGUGUAUGUCUACAGUGGUCGAGCUGAUGCUAGGCUAAAAAGAGUUUUCUCACUGACACGAGAUUCACCAGUUUUUUACGAAUGUUGCGCGCUUUCCAUCCCCUUUCAGCGUGCUCUUCUUUGAAUUUUGAACCCGAGCAAGCCCCUAAAAAAACCUCAUGCACGCCCUCCCAGUGCAGGAUAGAAAUAGAUGACGAUAAUGUUCUCUAAUAAAGUGAUCCAGGAAAGAC